UGCAGUCCUUGAUUGAUUGAGUGGUUUGUGUUGCAGAGAGCUCUAGGAGGUCAAACUACACGCUCCCUUGUACUGCUAGCAAGAGCUGACUUCUACUGAUAGUCUAGCUGAUACUGUGACUUCAAUUAGACAAUGGCAGUGGGGCUUGGUUUUUACAUUGGAUUUGUACUACUUUGGUCAAAGUCAUUCAGAGCAGACAGCAUCAACGAGGCUCCAGAAGGUGUCAUACAGACGGAGUGCCGGGAUCGAUUCCUAUGGUUGUCCGUAGACAAGGCCUUCGCUGGAGCCACUCCGAAGCUACAAGCAGUGGAUAAGCAUGGCUUUCAUCCUGUGGAUGACAACCAGGCGGUAACGUGUGGAUAUACCAUCAGCAACGUCAACAUGAACAGCCGUCUUACCCUCAGAGCAUCCUACUUCUCCUGUUACACACAGAAUCAGGACGACGAGUCGUUUCGAUUCCUGUUCAAUGUCAUCGUGGCUGAUGGGGAGGACAGAGAGACAAAGUACAGGGUGAAAAAGACCUGCAAGCUGCCCUUAGCCUGGUCCAGCAGGGAGAUCAUCUGUGAGGAGACAUACAUGGAGGUCACUGUGGAAAAGCACAUGUCCUGCACAGCCAGUGAGAGUAUGUCCAUGGAGUCCUGGAACACAGCCUUAAGUAUGGCUCGCUUGACUGCCAGUUCCACCUGGCAGGUGAUGUUCAUGGGGGAUGAGGACACUAUGGAGUCUAUGUCCUUCACUGAUGCCCUUGAUCAGGGAUAUAGGCUGGACACCAGCCCCACCAGGGUGGUGUUCCGCACCACCUACAGGCAGCCUCACUCACAGACUGUUCUGGUUGAUGGAGUUGCCACAGAGGUCAUCAAUGCCACUGUGUACUACAGGCAGAAAUGGGUGGUUAUAAUGCUUGACCUGUCGGCAGCCUGCACAAUCAACCCUGUCACUUUUGACGGGGAGCAGCUGCACUGGUCUAUUCCACGUGUCAUGACUCCACUGGUGCAGGACCCUUCCUCAUUUACAAGCAGCCAGAUACGAAUGGGCAUCGACGGCCAGCUCCUGGAGGAGACCGCCUGGAGAUCCCGAGGCUUCGACUUGGAGGAAACGGGGCCGAUUAUAAACAUCAGCGUUCCCUUUGGAGCUCAAGGCGGGUACAGAAAGAGCUUUGUGCUGGACAAUACCUACCACGAAAUCUACACGAUUUUCAUGUUUUAUGAGCAUGUGUUCUCACGGGUGUAUGCUGACGGUACUGACGACGAAACCAGACACAGGAUGAUGAGGCUCCUGGAGACUCCCAUGGUCUGCCAAAACCCAUUUACCGUAGACGAGACGGUCCUUGAUGAGCACAGAUUUACUGUGAUGCUGGGGCACUUCCCCUCGGACAUUGAGCUGGUGUCCAUGAAGAUCAAUGGCGUCUUCCUGACCAUUCCUGAGGCUUUUCAGCAAGGCUACUCUGUGAUGACCCUCUCCAAUAUGAAUCGCACCCAUGGCUAUGUUCUCGAGGUUCCCUUUGAUGACCCCUUAGUGCAUCGGGCUUAUUUAGGUGAAGGACUACUGCUGUAUUCUCUGAACAUCAACUACACUCUGCAUGUUCUCCCACAAGAAGAGCCGUUCUAUCACCUGGCCUCAGUUGUGGCACAAUUCCACAAUGCCUUUCCUCCUGACAUCACUGCCACCUGCAGAGAGAGCGGCAUCAUUUUCUACAUUGGCAAGCCCACUCUGGACCACCUAUGGGAGGUUGGCGUGGGACACGAACUACUGACACCAGAACUGGCAAAGCGACGGGGCUACAUCCUGACAAAUGAUGCACAGGGCUUGAUCCUAGAAGUGCCCAUUUUUACCUAUGGCUACACUUAUGAGAACAUUACCCUGAAGCACUUUGUUGGCGUCUUCAAAAUAACAGCAAGAGAUUCAAAAACUUUGAAUAUUCAGAGUGUUGCAACAAAAUACUGUAGUUUCCAAACAGUUGAGCUGCUUGUGUGUUCAACAGAUGGAAUCAUGACUAUUGUAACCAAGACAACCACCACCUGGCCCAAAGUCCUGACAAGACAGAUAACUUUGAGGGACAAAACCUGCCAACCACAAGAGGCUCAUGAUGCCAGGAUCAUGUUCUCAUUCGCCUUAAACACAUGCGGAACUAAAUCCAUGGUUGGAGAUUCUUACUUGGUCUACGAAAAUGAGAUCAUAUCUGCCAAGCAGUACAUUCCAAAGGACAACCCAAUCAUCACAAGGGACUCUAAAUUCAGACUCACUGUGCAGUGCUUCUAUCCACUGACUUCUGUGAGGAGUCGUUUUGCAGGGGGAAUGUUUCUGUCCAAUGAGCCUGGCUUUGGUUCAAUUAAUAUGAAAAAGAAUCCUUCAGCAAAUGCAGAAGGGAAUGGAGUUGGCUGUGGUCAAAAGUAUUCUGCCCAUUCCGAAAGCCCCGGUACUGUUUUUGAGUCUACAAAUGACAUAACUAGCACAGAGCCUCUCCCUCAUGCCGGUAUUCAACCAGCCAGCAAUUUUCUUCCAAUACCAACAUGGCCGCUCUUUCGGAGUGGUGACCGGCACUCUGAACAUGGCUCACUGUCCGGUGGCUUGGAUACAUUAGCGAAGGAGAACAACAAGGGAACUAACCCUGGGAUUUGGACUGACACAAUCCACAGUGCCUACGAGGCACCACCUGAUCAGCUACCUGCUCAACAGCAUUCUUCCAACAAAGGUCGAUCUCCUGCUAGUACUAGCCUAGACCGAGCGCCAUGGAAAGAGAGCACUCCCAUCUAUCAUCGGUACAAAUCUGUCCAAAAUACCAGCACAGACAGUAAUGGUAAAGCUUUGAAUAGAGAAUUUGUCUCAAGUACUGGGCCUAGCAUUUUACGUAGUAUUUACAAGGAGAAAGAUAUUUCUCAUGAUGUUGUGAAAUCCCAUCCUCAUGUCACCCUUGUUAACAAUCCAGCUUCAGACUAUAGUACAAUUGAGACCCACCCCCCAUCUAGAUCAAAUUCUCUUAAUCCUGCCAGCACCAUUGGUAGCAGUGUAAGUGAGGAAAAAAACACUAUAAACCUGGGACACGCCAUCAACAAGAUGACUGGACCUGUUCAAAAUGAUUCAUGGACAAGCACUAUGAAAUCUGACCACUCAUCUGAGUCACACAUUGAAGGCCUUAGUAACCCUUCAACUGGCCAACAUUUGAAUGCUCAAACUUCAAGCAAGCAUGGCUCUACUUCAGUGAGCAAUGUUGAUGAGAUCCUUACUAGAGAUAAGCAAAGUAGCAAGAGGGAUGCACAGGACGGCAGUGGUGUCCCUGACAAUGAGUCCCUAUUAGGUCGUAGUAGGCCUGAAUUGUUAGAGGCAGAUGGCAUUAUUCAAAAUGCUCCGAGAAACGUCCGAGACUUUCGAUUAGCUUCACGUCAUUUUCUAAAUGCCAUGAGUUCUAAAGUCAGGCACAUGCUUCAGAAUUUUGAUCCCAGACAGUUUGCUCCUACUCCAGACAACGCAUCACUUCAAUAUCACAAUUACAAUGAUGAAAAUGUCCAGGAAACUACAAACCUAUCCUUGACACAUCAUGCAGAAAGACCCAAGACUCGAGCUCAAAUUUAAAACUGUUAACUUGCAUCAUGUCUUGGCUAAGCAAGGCCAAGAUGAUCAACUAACUCCAAAAAGGACAAAGCUUGCGACAACAGACCACCAACCAUCACCUGGCUAUAGAGACAAUCAAGUAAAGUAGGUGUAAACUUUUUAAAAAGGCUUUCAAAGGGACGUAGCUGCAAGUGGCCAUCCCAAACCUAGACCACUAAAACCAGCACGAAGCUCAAGACACCAUCAGUACCCAAAGGCAAUAUGGACCUAGUGUGCAUAAAGGCAUUGUGAAAGCAGAGAAGGAUGCACUCACCAUCAGCUGAGACGAACUGCCCGACAGCUGACGAACCGCCACCGCUGUUUUCCACGAACUGGACCUCAGACACGAUGAUGUUGUCCUCCAGCA